CCCACUUUGACAGGCCUUUAAAUAGCCCUUCCACCAGCCUGCUUUUUCUCAUCAUUCACUAUAAGCGGGUUCUGAUAAAAACAAACAUAGACACACAGAGGUCAAGGGGAACUCGGAAGAAAGAGAAAAAUGGGUGCUGUUUGGGGAACUUCACUUCUGGUUCUAGCUUUGGUCUUUUCAAUGGCGGUGGCUGAACCUCUAGUUCCAUCACUUACCAUCUUCGGGGAUUCGGUUGCUGACGUUGGAAACAACAACAAUCUCAUCACUCUCAUCAGGGCAAACUUCCCUCCUUAUGGAAGGGAUUUCGCCGAGCAUAGACCAACUGGGAGGUUCUGCAAUGGGAAGCUGGCCAUAGACAUAACUGCUGAAUAUAUGGGUUUUGACACAUACCCUCCUCCCUAUCUAAGUCAAGAAGCCAGCUUGGGAAGUGCUCUGACUGGAGCCAAUUUUGCUUCAGGUGCCUCUGGCAUGCUUGAUGGAACAGCCCACCUAUAUGGAGCAGUUUCAUUGACAAGGCAGCUGGAGAACUACAAGGAAUACAGAGCAAGAGUCGAGAGUCAGGUGGGGUUCGAGAAAGCCACUGACACAUUCUCUAAAGGGAUUCAUCUUUUGAGCACAGGAACCAGUGAUUUCAUUCAGAACUACUAUGUCGACCCUAUUCUCAACACCCUCUACACACCUGAUCAGUGGUCUGACAAGCUCAUGAAAUCUUAUGCUACCUUCAUUCAGAACCUAUACGGGCUUGGAGCAAGGAGGAUUGGAGUGACAACUCUGCCACCAACAGGGUGUUUGCCUGCAGCUAUCACCCUCUUUGGCCACGGAAGCAACAAUUGCGUUGAGAGGCUGAACUGGGAUGCUAGCUCCUUCAACCAAAAGCUGAACACAACUUCUCAGAGCAUUGCACAAGGACUCCCGGGGCUUAAACUUGUUGUCUUCGAUAUCUACAAUCCUCUCUUGAACUUGAUCAACAAACCUAGCGACAACGGGUUCUUCGAGGCAAGGAAGGCUUGCUGCGGGACGGGUGUCCUAGAGACUUCAUUUCUCUGUAAUUCAAUGUCAUUGGGUACAUGUUCUAACGCUACAGAGUACGUGUUCUGGGAUGGAUUCCACCCUUCUGAAGCAGCUAAUACGAUCCUAGCUCAAUCCCUGCUUUCACAAGGAUUGUCCCUCAUAUCGUAGAUUCCAUAGUUCCAUCAGUGCUACAAGCACAAGCUUGAUAAGUCAAAUAAGCAAUUCUUUAUUCCUUGGGUCAAUAAUGUAUGCACCAUCAACAGCUAAAUUUAUCAAAUUCAAUAGAGUAUCCUAUAAGUCUCAAUUUGCUGCAGUACUUUCUUCCCCC